AUGGGUGCAAACGGCGAUACAGCGGGGUCUUCUGCGCCUGUGGCCUAUAUCACCGGCGGUGCGAGCGGGAUGGGGUUGGCAGUUGCCCGAGAGCUGGCUGCCAAAGGCUGGAACUUGACAAUCGUCGAUCUCAAUGAAAAGUCGAUAUCAUCUGUGGAAUCCGACUUUGACCCAAAGAGAACCAUGUUCGUCCAGGCCGAUGUAACAGACUAUGAAUCGCAGGCGAAAGCCUUCGCUCAGACUUGGGACAAGUGGCACAGACUGGACUUGGUGUUUGCGAACGCUGGCAUUGGUGAUAGAAUCAGCUUCUAUGCGCCCGCCACCGAGUUUCUGCCAAACCUGCCAGGGGUGCCAGCGAAGCCGGACGAACUGGUUAUCGAUGUUUGCCUAAAUGCAAUGGUGUACAGUGCCUAUUUGGCUAUGCACUUCUUCCGGCAGAACCCUUCUAAGGCGGGCAAGAUAGUUUUCACCUCUUCCAUGUGCGGGCUAUAUCCAGGAGACACUAUACCUCUAUACACUGCAGCGAAACAUGGAAUUGUGGGCCUGGUUCGCGCCAUGGCCAGACGGUUGACGACGCUCGGCGAGCCAAUCACGGUGAACUGUAUCUGUCCCGGACUUGUCGACACCGGGUUGACCGGAGUGUUGAUGUCUGUCGCUCCGCCCGAAUACGUGACACCGAAGUCGACCAUUGUGCGAGCAGUAAUGGGGUUUGUGGAGGAUGACUCUCUCACGGGGCAAGCAGCCGAAUGUAGUAUCGACAAGAUCCAUUACAGAAAGCAGCCUGAAUGGGGAGAUGAAGGCGCAGAGUACAUCAUGACGAACAAGUUGGAGGCAGAGCUCAAAAGAAGAGGCGUCAAUUUUGAUAAGAAGGACUAG